GCUGAGACUAAAAAUUCCAAAGAGGUGGAGUCACAUGCCACCACAAGAUAUCACAAACAACUAUUGAGGGGCUAUAAAUACUUUUGCUUCCUCACUGACAUACCACACUGAGGAUUGAUUGAUUUUACAUGGUCAUUGGAAAAUCAAGCCUGAAGAAUGGUGAUCUCAGGAGCUGCACUAUUACUCCUAUUGCUGUCGGCCAUUUUAACUAAUGGCCCAGCCAGUGCCCAGGUUGCCAGUGGCCAGGUCAGACUGGUGAAUGGAGAGGGUCAGUGCUCUGGCAGGGUGGAGAUCUACAAUGAUGGCCAGUGGGGAACAGUGUGUGAUGACACCUGGGACCUAAACGAUGCUGAGGUGGUGUGUAGACAGGUGGGCUGUGGCAGUGCUCAGGCUGCUCCAGGCAGUGCCCACUCUGGACAGGGCAGCGGACCAAUCUGGUUGGAUGAUGUGAGCUGUUCUGGAAGUGAAUCCUCCCUGUCACAGUGCCAGCACUCUGGGUUUGGGUCUCACAACUGUGGUCAUCAUGAAGAUGCUUCGGUGGUUUGCUCUGCCGGUGCCCAAGUCAGACUGGUGAAUGGAGAGGGUCAGUGCUCUGGCAGGGUGGAGAUCUACAAUGAUGGCGAGUGGGGAACAGUGUGUGAUGACUCCUGGGACCUAAACGAUGCUGAGGUGGUGUGUAGACAGGUGGGCUGUGGCAGUGCUCAGGCUGCUCCAGGCAGUGCCCACUCUGGACAGGGCAGCGGGCCCAUCUGGUUGGAUGAUGUGAGCUGUUCUGGAAGUGAAUCCUCCCUGUCACAGUGCCAGCACUCUGGGUUUGGGUCUCACAACUGUAUUCACCAGGAAGAUGCUGCUGUGGUUUGCUCUGCCGGUGCCCAAGUCAGACUGGUGAAUGGAGAGGGUCAGUGCUCUGGCAGGGUGGAGAUCUACAAUGAUGGCGAGUGGGGAACAGUGUGUGAUGACUCCUGGGACCUAAACGAUGCUGAGGUGGUGUGUAGACAGGUGGGCUGUGGCAGUGCUCAGGCUGCUCCAGGCAGUGCCCACUCUGGACAGGGCAGCGGGCCCAUCUGGUUGGAUGAUGUGAGCUGUUCUGGAAACGAAUCCUCCCUGUCACAGUGCCAGCACUCUGGGUUUGGGUCUCACAAUUGUAUUCACCAGGAAGAUGCUGCUGUGGUUUGCUCUGCCGGUGCCCAGGUCAGACUGGUGGGUGGAGAUGAUCAGUGCUCUGGCAGAGUAGAGAUCUACAAUGAUGGCCAGUGGGGAACAGUGUGUGAUGACUCCUGGGACCUAAACGAUGCUGAGGUGGUGUGUAGACAGGUGGGCUGUGGCAGUGCUCAGGCUGCUCCAGGCAGUGCCCACUCUGGACAGGGCAGCGGGCCCAUCUGGUUGGAUGAUGUGAGCUGUUCUGGAAGUGAAUCCUCCCUGUCACAGUGCCAGCACUCUGGGUUUGGGUCUCACAACUGUGGUCAUCAUGAAGAUGCUGCGGUGGUUUGCUCUGCCGGUGCCCAAGUCAGACUGGUGAAUGGAGAGGGUCAGUGCUCUGGCAGGGUGGAGAUCUACAAUGAUGGCGAGUGGGGAACAGUGUGUGAUGACUCCUGGGACCUAAACGAUGCUGAGGUGGUGUGUAGACAGGUGGGCUGUGGCAGUGCUCAGGCUGCUCCAGGCAGUGCCCACUCUGGACAGGGCAGCGGGCCCAUCUGGUUGGAUGAUGUGAGCUGUUCUGGAAACGAAUCCUCCCUGUCACAGUGCCAGCACUCUGGGUUUGGGUCUCACAAUUGUAUUCACCAGGAAGAUGCUGCUGUGGUUUGCUCUGCCGGUGCCCAGGUCAGACUGGUGGGUGGAGAUGAUCAGUGCUCUGGCAGAGUAGAGAUCUACAAUGAUGGCCAGUGGGGAACAGUGUGUGAUGACUCCUGGGACCUAAACGAUGCUGAGGUGGUGUGUAGACAGGUGGGCUGUAGCAGUGCUCAGGCUGCUCCAGGCAGUGCCCACUCUGGACAGGGCAGCGGGCCCAUCUGGUUGGAUGAUGUGAGGUGUUCUGGAAGUGAAUCCUCCCUGUCACAGUGCCAGCACUCUGGGUUUGGGUCUCACAACUGUGGUCAUCAUGAAGAUGCUGCGGUGGUUUGCUCUGCCGGUGCCCAAGUCAGACUGGUGAAUGGAGAGGGUCAGUGCUCUGGUAGGGUGGAGAUCUACAAUGAUGGCGAGUGGGGAACAGUGUGUGAUGACUCCUGGGACCUAAACGAUGCUGAGGUGGUGUGUAGACAGGUGGGCUGUGGCAGUGCUCAGGCUGCUCCAGGCAGUGCCCACUCUGGACAGGGCAGCGGGCCCAUCUGGUUGGAUGAUGUGAGGUGUUCUGGAAACGAAUCCUCCCUGUCACAGUGCCAGCACUCUGGGUUUGGGUCUCACAACUGUAUUCACCAGGAAGAUGCUGCUGUGGUUUGCUCUGCCGGUGCCCAGGUCAGACUGGUGGGUGGAGAUGAUCAGUGCUCUGGCAGAGUAGAGAUCUACAAUGAUGGCCAGUGGGGAACAGUGUGUGAUGACUCCUGGGACCUAAACGAUGCUGAGGUGGUGUGUAGACAGGUGGGCUGUGGCAGUGCUCAGGCUGCUCCAGGCAGUGCCCACUCUGGACAGGGCAGCGGGCCCAUCUGGUUGGAUGAUGUGAGCUGUUCUGGAAGUGAAUCCUCCCUGUCACAGUGCCAGCACUCUGGGUUUGGGUCUCACAACUGUGGACAUCAUGAAGAUGCUGCGGUGGUUUGCUCUGCCGGUGCCCAAGUCAGACUGGUGAAUGGAGAGGGUCAGUGCUCUGGCAGGGUGGAGAUCUACAAUGAUGGCGAGUGGGGAACAGUGUGUGAUGACUCCUGGGACCUAAACGAUGCUGAGGUGGUGUGUAGACAGGUUGGCUGUGGCAGUGCUCAGGCUGCUCCAGGCAGUGCCCACUCUGGACAGGGCAGCGGGCCCAUCUGGUUGGAUGAUGUGAGCUGUUCUGGAAGUGAAUCCUCCCUGUCACAGUGCCAGCACUCUGGGUUUGGGUCUCACAACUGUGGACAUCAUGAAGAUGCUGCGGUGGUUUGCUCUGCCGGUGCCCAAGUCAGACUGGUGAAUGGAGAGGGUCAGUGCUCUGGCAGGGUGGAGAUCUACAAUGAUGGCGAGUGGGGAACAGUGUGUGAUGACUCCUGGGACCUAAACGAUGCUGAGGUGGUGUGUAGACAGGUGGGCUGUGGCAGUGCUCAGGCUGCUCCAGGCAGUGCCCACUCUGGACAGGGCAGCGGGCCCAUCUGGUUGGAUGAUGUGAGCUGUUCUGGAAACGAAUCCUCCCUGUCACAGUGCCAGCACUCUGGGUUUGGGUCUCACAAUUGUAUUCACCAGGAAGAUGCUGCUGUGGUUUGCUCUGCCGGUGCCCAGGUCAGACUGGUGGGUGGAGAUGAUCAGUGCUCUGGCAGAGUAGAGAUCUACAAUGAUGGCCAGUGGGGAACAGUGUGUGAUGACUCCUGGGACCUUAACGAUGCUGAGGUGGUGUGUAGACAGGUGGGCUGUGGCAGUGCUCAGGCUGCUCCAGGCAGUGCCCACUCUGGACAGGGCAGCGGGCCCAUCUGGUUGGAUGAUGUGAGCUGUUCUGGAAGUGAAUCCUCCCUGUCACAGUGCCAGCACUCUGGGUUUGGGUCUCACAACUGUGGUCAUCAUGAAGAUGCUGCGGUGGUUUGCUCUGCCGGUGCCCAAGUCAGACUGGUGAAUGGAGAGGGUCAGUGCUCUGGCAGGGUGGAGAUCUACAAUGAUGGCGAGUGGGGAACAGUGUGUGAUGACUUCUGGGACCUAAACGACGCUGAGGUGGUGUGUAGACAGGUGGGCUGUGGCAGUGCUCAGGCUGCUCCAGGCAGUGCCCACUCUGGACAGGGCAGCGGGCCCAUCUGGUUGGAUGAUGUGAGCUGUUCUGGAAGUGAAUCCUCCCUGUCACAGUGCCAGCACUCUGGGUUUGGGUCUCACAACUGUAUUCACCAGGAAGAUGCUGCGGUGGUUUGCUCUGCCGGUGCCCAGGUCAGACUGGUGAAUGGAUAUGAUCAGUGCUCUGGCAGAGUAGAGAUCUACAAUGAUGGCGAGUGGGGAACAGUGUGUGAUGACUCCUGGGACCUAAACGAUGCUGAGGUGGUGUGUAGACAGGUGGGCUGUGGCAGUGCUCAGGCUGCUCCAGGCAGUGCCCACUCUGGACAGGGCAGCGGGCCCAUCUGGUUGGAUGAUGUGAGCUGUUCUGGAAGUGAAUCGUCCCUGUCACAGUGCCAGCACCCUGGGUUUGGGAUACAUGACUGUGGUCAUCAUGAAGAUGUUGCGGUGGUUUGCUCUGGGGACAUGGCAGGCUGAGUAAACUCCUAGGCAUUCGCAGGAGCAUCAAAAGUUCCCAGCUAUGAAAUGGAUCUGUUUGUUCCUUCCAAUUUACUAUCCAUUCACAUAUCUUCAGUGUGUUAUUGUGAUUGUAGUCAACAUCCCCUGUUUAAUCACAAGACAAGCAUCACUGGGUGAUACCAUCAAAUCAUUACAAAAUUAUAAUCCUACUACGCUGAGAUUCCCUUGAAAAGCCUCUUAUAGAUUAGUUUGGACUCUCUCGUGCUUUGUGCCUGUGAUUUAUACAUUCUUUUUACCUGUUUUAUGAGCAAAUAAAAAAAUAUUCAUAUUAA